GUAACCGCUCUGUGAAUAUCAUCAAAAGUAUUGUGUGCUCCAGUACAGUUUGCCAAUUUCUCAAGGAAGUAUAUUUUGUGAAAAUAAGGGAAAAACCACUUAAAGUUUCAUGUUUAAGAUAACUGUUUAUAAAGGUUUUAAACCGUGUCAUCUCUUCAAACCUAAUCAGUUAUACCCAACCGGCGUUGUUUUUCUAUUCUGCAAGCGUUUGUUUGCGAUAAAUUCUUACUUCCAGUGGAAAUCAAAGAAAAUGGAAGCCGGUUCAGGCCUUGCUCACGCAAAUCAAUGCAGAUUUGUGAGUGAAUCGGAUAUUGCAAGUGGAAAAUGGGUGAAGCUUUCAAAGGUGACAUACACUGACCCAACAGGAAAACAAAGGGAGUGGGAGGCUGUAAGAAGAACCACAAAAGUAGCCAGUGACCUUCCAGACGCUGUUGUGGCUAUUCCAAUCCUCAGAAGAACUCUGCACUAUGAUUGCUUCAUUCUGAUCAAACAGUUUCGUCCACCCAUCAGCAAAUACACCAUAGAGUUUCCUGCAGGUCUGUUGGAUGCCAGUGAGACAGCUGAGAGGUGUGCUGUCCGGGAGCUGCUUGAGGAGACAGGCUACACUGGCACAGUGAAACACACAUCACCUGCCACAAGUUUGGAGCCAGGACUUGGUGAUAUGACAGCCCAGCUUGUUUCUGUUGAGAUUGAUGGGGAUUUACCUGAAAACCAAAGUCCUAAAUCAAACUGUGAUGAGGGAGGUAUGUUAAAACAUUAAUCUUAUAUGCUUUCAAUUUCUGUAGAACCUAAGUAUUUCUAAAAUAAUUCCAUAUUUUCCAAUAAAUUUCAAUAAAAUUCAGAUAAAUUAUACAAUUAUGGCAUCUCACUACUGACACCAAAAUAAUUGUUCAUAGAAAAUAUGUAAAUUCAGAUUUUCAUAUGCAAUUUGAUUUUUUUAAAGGCAAAGUCAAUGGGUUUUUUUUAUUCUAUUAUUAAGUUAUAGUUUUAGCUUUUGUCAAAUAUAUCUUGUAUAAAGAUAUCCUUUAAGUUUUAACAGAUUUAGUUUGGCCUUUUUGAAGGAUUUAUUUUUAGUUUUACUUGUCUGUUCAUUGAAAGGAAAAAUUAUAGUUAUUCACAUGGCCUUGGUGUGGUUAGGCAGCGGUGGGGUUAUGGUCAUGCAGAAACCUUGGUACACAUGUUGCCAGAGACAAAAUGCUAUUUAUAGCGAGGCACAUAACAAUAAUUGUCGAAUUUGCCCCUUUUUUGAUUGGAAGAAUGAAAAGACAAGCAUUAGUUUGCUCUGGAGCCAUCUUGCUAGUUUUCAAAAUGGAGGCUGGAUUUUUGAUGGUGUGUGUGGACCAGUAGAUGUCCCCUAUAGAUUUUGGGGUCAUCAGGUUAAAUGGUCACUGUGACCUUCAACAUAAAAAGCUUUUCUGAUUGGUAACUGAAGAAUGCCUCAUCCUCUCCAUUUUUACCCCAUUGGUAUGGCAUCAUUCUUACCUAUUAUCCUCACACUUUGAAUGGUCAUAAUCUUUAACUACCUCAAAGAUAUUUAAUUUCAAUGAUAAAUCAGCUGUCAUUUCGGUCCAUGCAUAUUUCAUUAAAUUGUCCACAUAUUUCUGACAACAUUGCACUCAGUGGGGCAUAAUGUUUGACAAACAUCUCUUUCAAAAGGGAGAUUAAUCAAUUAAACAUUGAUUGUCUUUUAUGUGAUGUUUUUAAUUGAUAUAUAUUUCUUUUACUUUUAAAUUUAACUUAAUAGUAAUGCUACUAUUUAAAUUAAUCUUAUUUAACACAUUUAUAUUGCAAUGCAGAGUAUAUCGAUGUCAUAUGUGUUCCAAUGGAUGACUUCCUCCGAAAGCUGAAUGAGUUCUCUGAUGCGGGUAUGGUAGUCGACUCUCGUGUGUUUGCAUACGCUAUUGGGAUGGAACAAACUCGUAAAAUGUUACAGCAAAAUAAAGAUCUGUCAUGACCACUUGAAGAAUUUUAUUGAUUGGAUACAUAAUUACUUGUCAACUCAGGAAUUCAAGCUCGCACAGAAGACCGAAGACUGUAAUGUUCCCUCACUACAUGUACAUUUCAUUCUAACAUCUCUUGAGUUUGCAUGUUGUUUAAGGCUGAAAUUACCUUAAUGUACCUAGUGAAGUUUUUGUAACAUGAAUUUAAGCUUGUCAAGUUGAUGGAAAUCAGAAAUAUUAAAGCAUAUUUGUUGGAACUACUGAAAUGUCUUUAUGACAGGUAUUUGCAUAAAGAGGUUAUGAACAAGACUAUUGAAUGCCAUCUACUUGUAUUAUAAGUAACAUUUAGUAACAGCUUAUUAUACUAACUAUUGUAAUGUGAAUUGAAAUUUUAAGAUGAAUCUUAUUCAGAUCUAUGAUGAUAAUGUAUAUAGGUGUAUAUUUAUAGUUUUAAAUAAUAGACCUAAAAUAUAAGUAUAACUGUAAGCACCAGUUUUUUACAUGAUUAUACAUGUAAACCUUUGCAAGGCAAUAUCUCUGGCUUUAAUAAUUGUAGAGUUAUACCCUGUUAUGACUGAAAAACAACCAUCGGUCACUCAAUAGCACUCUUGGUAUUUGUGACUUCUUCAGCACUGGGAAGUUGUAUAAGAAAUGCCAGUUUGAUUAAUAAAACGUCCCUAAGUCCUUGACAUAUAUGUUUUUAUAUACAAUAUAUGAUACUGAUCGAAUCGGAAUAUACGCUGAAUUUUUGUCUUAGGUUUGUGCCAGUACUUUUUCUUAAAAGUUCAAAAUUUAUAACCAAAAUGUGUACACAGUAAUUAAUUGUAAAAGUGUCUACUAAUAAAAUGUGUUAAGAAUUUCUGAAAUAAUUAAUGUAUUAUGUUUAUUAAACAUUGGCA